CUCCUCCAGUUCCUUCUUCCCCACACCAGCAACCCAGCCGCGCAAUGCCGUGCAAACCCUAGCCUCCCGCCCCUCUGAUCCCAUCGCGCGGCCAUGGGCAACUGCUGCCGCUCGCCGGCCGCCGCCGCGCGGGAGGACGUCAAGUCCUCCCACUUCCCCGCCGCCGCCGCCGCCAAGAAGAAGCCCCACCAGCCGCGGCCCGGCGCCGGCGGGCAGAAGCCGCGCCUGGACGUGCUGGGCGAGGAGGGCUGCGAGUUCGCCGGCGGGAUCGACGCCAAGUACGCCCUGGACCGUGACCACGAGCUCGGCCGCGGCGAGUUCGGGGUGACCUACCUCUGCAUCGACCGGGCCACCAAGGAGCAGCUCGCCUGCAAGUCCAUCUCCAAGCGCAAGCUGCGCACCCCGGUCGACGUGGAGGACGUGCGGCGCGAGGUGGCCAUCAUGCGCCACCUGCCCCGCAGCCACAGCAUCGUCGCGCUGCGGGAGGCCUGCGAGGACGACGCCGCCGUGCACCUCGUCAUGGAGCUCUGCGAGGGCGGCGAGCUCUUCGACCGCAUCGUCGCAAGGGGCCACUACACGGAGCGCGCCGCGGCGGGCGUCACCCGCACCAUCGUCGAGGUCGUGCAGCUCUGCCACCGCCACGGCGUCAUACACCGGGACCUCAAGCCCGAGAACUUCCUCUUCGCUAACAAGAAGGAGAACUCGCCGCUCAAGGCCAUCGAUUUCGGACUCUCAAUCUUCUUCAAGCCAGGUGAAAAGUUUUCAGAAAUUGUGGGAAGCCCUUAUUACAUGGCUCCCGAAGUACUGAAGAGGAACUAUGGACCAGAAAUAGACAUCUGGAGUGCUGGCGUUAUCUUGUAUAUUUUGCUAUGUGGAGUUCCUCCAUUUUGGGCUGAGACUGAACAAGGUGUUGCACAGGCUAUUCUUCGCGGAAAUAUCGAUUUUAAACGGGAACCCUGGCCUAAUGUUUCAGAAAAUGCUAAAGAUUUAGUUCGACGUAUGUUGGAACCUGAUCCAAAGCUCAGGUUAACUGCAAAGCAGGUUCUUGAGCACCAUUGGCUUCAAAACGCUAAGAAAGCUCCAAAUGUUCCUCUUGGAGAUAUUGUCAAGUCAAGGCUCAAGCAAUUUUCUAGGAUGAACAGAUUCAAAAGAAGAGCUCUAAGGGUCAUCGCUGAUCAUUUGUCUGCUGAGGAAGUUGAGGACAUAAAGGAGAUGUUCAAGGCAAUGGAUACUGAUAAUGAUGGUGUUGUCUCUUGUGAAGAACUGAAGAGUGGAAUAGCAAAAUUUGGCUCUCAUCUUGCAGAAUCAGAAGUGCAGAUGCUUAUUGAAGCUGUGGAUACAAAUGGUAAGGGAGCACUGGAUUAUCCUGAAUUUCUAGCAGUUUCUCUUCAUUUGCAACGGAUGGCGAAUGAUGAGCACCUUAGGCGGGCUUUCCUGUUCUUCGACAAGGAUGGCAAUGGUUACAUCGAGCCGGACGAGCUUCGAGAGGCUCUAAAGGAUGACGGGGCAGCUGAUGGCAUGGAAGUGGUGAACGACAUAUUGCAGGAAGUCGACACUGAUAAGGAUGGCAAGAUCAGCUACGACGAGUUUGUAGCAAUGAUGAAGACAGGCACGGACUGGAGAAAGGCAUCACGGCAUUAUUCCAGAGGGAGAUUCAACAGCCUUAGCAUAAAGCUUGUAAAGGACGGAUCCGUGAAAUUGGGCGUCGAGUAAAGAAGCCGUGGUGUUAAUCUAUGUGCGUGUAGUUAGGCAUUUGGGCCGGGUAAGGAGAAACUCCUUUAGUUUUUAUUUCUCAUGAUUGUUUUGCGUGGAAAUUUAGAUAGGUGGACACCCAUCUGAUUGGCUUACAUUUGUAAUUAGCUCUCCUGUAUCACUGUCAAUUGUAUCAAAGGGUUUGGUCUUGUACCCUCCGGUCCAAAAUACGUGUGAUUUUCUA